CGAUUCUGGGUGACGUCACGCUGGGGGUGUGACGUGUGGCUGCCGCUGGCUGCCUGGAAGACUCUGGGGGCGAACUCCAUAGCUCUGCUUCCCUCCCCUCCUCCUCCUUCUUCCCCCCUCGCCCCACCCCCUUCUUCCGCUACGGGUCGCGGUUGGGGGCGGCCGGGUCGUCAGGGGCGACACGGCUCCCCCUCCCCUCCUCCCUCCCCCCUCCCGGCCCCCUCCCCCCCCUCAGCGCUUCGAUCCAAGAUGGCGGCGCUGAGCAGUAGCGGCAGCGCCGAGGGGGCCUCGCUCUUCAACGGGGACAUGGAGCCCGAGCCGCCUCCGCCGGGGGCCUGCUGCUCCGGGAGCAGCGGCAGCGCCGCGGGAGACCCCGCCAUUCCCGAGGAGGUGUGGAAUAUCAAACAGAUGAUUAAGUUAACACAAGAACACAUAGAGGCCCUCCUGGACAAGUUUGGGGGAGAGCAUAAUCCACCAUCCAUAUACUUGGAGGCCUAUGAGGAAUACACCAGCAAGCUAGAUGCACUGCAACAGAGGGAACAGCAGUUAUUGGAAUCCAUGGGGAAUGGAACUGAUUUUUCGGUCUCCAGUUCUGCUUCCACAGAUACCGUUACAUCAUCAUCAUCCUCUAGUAUCUCCGUAGCACCUUCAUCCCUCUCCGUUUAUCAGAACCCUACAGAUUUGUCACGGAAUAAUCCUAAAUCUCCACAGAAGCCUACUGUUAGAGUCUUCCUGCCCAACAAACAGAGGACAGUGGUUCCAGCAAGAUGUGGAGUAACAGUCCGGGACAGUUUAAAGAAAGCUUUGAUGAUGCGAGGUCUUAUCCCAGAGUGCUGUGCUGUUUACCGAAUACAGGAUGGGGAGAAGAAGCCAAUUGGCUGGGACACGGACAUUUCCUGGCUCACAGGCGAAGAACUGCAUGUGGAAGUCUUGGAGAACGUGCCUCUUACGACACACAACUUUGUACGAAAGACAUUCUUCACGUUAGCGUUCUGCGACUUCUGUCGAAAGCUGCUUUUCCAGGGAUUCCGCUGUCAGACAUGUGGAUACAAAUUUCACCAGCGCUGUAGUACCGAGGUCCCACUGAUGUGUGUGAAUUAUGAUCAGCUUGAUUUGCUGUUUGUCUCCAAGUUCUUUGAGCACCACCCAAUAUCACAAGAAGAGGCCUCUUUAGGAGACAGCACCACGGCAUCGGGAUCUUACCCUUCAGUGGCCCCCUCAGAUUCUCUUGGCCCUCCAAUUCUCCCUAGUCCUUCUCCUUCAAAAUCCAUUCCAAUACCCCAGUCUUUCCGAGCAGCAGACGAAGACCAUCGGAAUCAGUUUGGUCAACGAGAUCGCUCCUCGUCUGCUCCCAACGUGCACAUCAAUACAAUAGAGCCUGUCAACAUUGAUGACUUGAUUAGAGAUCAAGGGUUGCGAGGAGAGGGAGCCCCUAUGAACCAGCUGAUGCGCUGCCUUCGGAAAUACCAAUCCCGGACUCCCAGUCCCCUCCUCCAUUCUGUCCCCAGUGAGAUAGUGUUUGAUUUUGAGCCUGGCCCAGUGUUCAGAGGCUCAACUACGGGUUUGUCUGCCACGCCUCCUGCCUCCUUACCUGGUUCCCUCACCAAUGCAAAAGCGUUUCAGAAAUCCCCAGGGCCUCAGCGAGAGAGAAAGUCGUCCUCAUCUUCGGAAGACAGGACACGAAUGAAAACUCUUGGUCGGCGGGACUCAAGUGACGACUGGGAAAUACCAGAUGGCCAGAUCACUGUUGGGCAAAGGAUAGGGUCUGGAUCUUUUGGGACGGUCUAUAAGGGAAAGUGGCAUGGUGAUGUGGCAGUGAAAAUGUUGAAUGUUACAGCCCCCACCCCCCAGCAGUUACAGGCCUUUAAAAAUGAAGUAGGAGUGCUCAGGAAAACACGACAUGUGAAUAUAUUACUUUUCAUGGGUUAUUCCACAAAGCCACAGUUGGCUAUAGUAACACAGUGGUGUGAGGGCUCCAGCCUUUACCACCAUCUACACAUCAUCGAGACCAAAUUUGAGAUGAUUAAGCUAAUUGAUAUAGCACGACAGACGGCACAAGGAAUGGAUUACUUGCACGCCAAGUCAAUCAUCCACAGAGACCUCAAGAGUAAUAAUAUAUUUCUUCAUGAAGACCUCACGGUAAAAAUAGGUGACUUUGGUCUAGCAACCGUGAAAUCACGAUGGAGCGGGUCCCAUCAGUUUGAACAGUUGUCUGGAUCAAUUCUCUGGAUGGCACCAGAAGUAAUUAGGAUGCAGGAUAAAAACCCGUAUAGCUUUCAAUCAGAUGUGUAUGCGUUUGGAAUUGUCCUUUAUGAAUUGAUGACUGGCCAGCUACCAUAUUCUAACAUCAACAACAGGGACCAGAUAAUUUUUAUGGUGGGACGAGGAUACCUCUCUCCAGAUCUCAGCAAAGUGCGGAGUAACUGUCCCAAAGCCAUGAAGAGGCUAAUGGCAGAAUGCUUGAAAAAGAAGAGAGAUGAACGACCCCUCUUCCCACAGAUCCUUGCCUCUAUUGAGCUUCUGGCCCGGUCGUUGCCAAAAAUUCACCGCAGUGCAUCUGAGCCCUCCUUGAACCGGGCUGGUUUCCAGACAGAGGAUUUUAGUCUGUAUGCUUGCGCUUCUCCAAAAACACCCAUCCAGGCAGGGGGAUACGGCGAAUUUGCAGCGUUCAAGUAGCCACAGCAACAUUGGCAGCAAAUCCACUCUGUUAUCUUUUUUAAAAAGUCUUGUGUUCCUACAGUUUCAUUUGAUCACAUCCAGACUCUAUUCUGCCCUUCCAAACAAAGCAAUUUAGAGGCAAAGAGGUUUUAGAGCAGAAUGGAGCUACCAAUCCAACUUUGGUUGGGAGGGGAAAAGUCCCUUGAUAGGACCCAGAAUGUGUCUGCUGCCUGUGUGUCCACCUUCCAGCCUAAACGGCCAAGUGCAUUCGGAGAUCCCCAGUGGCUGCCUGUACCGUUGGCAUCAUUCCCAGGAGAGAGGAGGGCCUGCGCUUUGACUUUUCGGUGCUCUGGCAUGAUGAGAUUGGAACUCCUGCUGCAAGCGUAGGCUUGGGAUGGUCUGCUGGUCGGCUUUCUCCCUCUAACAACGAAUCAUCAGAGGCUGAACAUUUGAUGAGACCAAGCUAAUCAAAACAAUCAUCCUCUGGUCUGAUUUAUUUAUAGUUCCCCACCCUACCCUCUGGUGUGCUUACUGAUCAAAGGGAUGCAUGCAGUAUCUCCUUUUUCAAUUGAAUGUGAGCAUUGGGUCUUUUGAUCUUAAGAUCUUAGCCAAAUUGGAUAUUGGAAAGAGGGGAUUGGGAGGGGGAAUCAGUGUAUCUGAAAGAAAAUGGGAUGCUGCACCUUCUCUUUCCAGAAUCGCUUUUAUCUCCAGAGCCAACCAUUCCCUCCCAUCUUUCCUUUUUAAUACAUUUCCCAGAAAGGGGUUGGAAGGCUCUGUUUGUCGGUCCAGCAACAGGUCAAUGUUUUUCCAAAGCUGUAGCAAAGUUAUAAAUGUGUGGAUUCCCCCACCCCACCCCAUUUUGUGUUGAUAGCAUUUGAUUCUAUGGUGUGUGUGCGUGUGUGUGUGUAUUUCACUUUGGGUGGGCAGGCGGGGCGGGGGCUUGUUGGCACCUGAAGUUUCUCAAGCUUCUAAUGCAGACUAUGAAUAACCUUCACCUAUUUUAAAAGGUGUGAGAUAACGUUGGGUUCCAAAUGUUUUAUAAACAGAAGUUCUCAGGUUGAAUUGAAUAUGUUUUUGUUUUGUUUUUUAAAAAAACAAAACUUGUAGCCCCCCUCCCCAAGAAUUAGACAUUCCAAAAAUUGUUUCAUACUUUUAAAAAAUGGUUUUAAUCAUGUUAACUGAGAGAGAGAGAGAGAGAAAUGUGCAGCAACUUGUCCUAAAUUACAAUUUGCUGAUGUUUUAAAAAAAUUAAAUAAGUGGUACUUUGCUGGAUCAACACUGAAAUCUUUUUCUCAACAUUUUCCUUCCUUCGGGCUUUCCAUGCAGUUUCUUUCUCAUCUUCUGUUUUGUAUCCUUGGCUUCAAGAUGGCGGUGAUUGCAUUUUGCUUUCUCUUUUUGCCUUGCUCUUAAUCCUAAUUUGCAAAAUGGUUCAUAGUUUCUAUUUUACCCAGUUGGGGUAAAACAAAAGAAAAUAUCCAAGAAAAUAUCCUUUUUGUCGCUUACCUCUGGUGGAAUCUUAGUCUCUGUUCACAAAAUUCUCUGCCGUGGUAAUUAAUGUAAUAAACUUUUUUUUU